CCUGAUGCUUGCCGACCUUCGAGCAUUGGCUUGUCUGUUUGUCGCAUGGAAGCUCUUGCUUCUCUGUAUAGCUUAUGCCAGCCCCGGACCCGGCUAUGAUACCUCUACCACGUUGCUCUUAGCCCGUGCGCAGCCCUCGGUAACUGAAAAUACCCUUCUGGAAGACUUUGCGAAACGACUCGCGUCGAAGCUUGUCCGCUGGGACGCCUUGUACUUUGUCAGUGUUGCUCACCGAGGCUAUCUUUUCGAACAAGAAUGGGCUUGGGGUUGGGGCUAUACGAGACUUCUCAAUUUGGUUUCUAANAGGCUGAACUCAACCUCAGUCAUACCUGGUGCUUCUUCACCAUUGUUGAUUCAGGCAUAUGCAGGAGUUUUGCUCUCACAUGUCUCCCACCUGUUGUCUGUUUUCAUGCUCUACGGAUUGGUCCAUCACCUCCCCAUCAUGAGUAAAGUCCAGCGUCGUAAAGUUGCUCUCGUCGCAGCAUGCCUGCACAUCUUCUCGUCUGCUGGUUUGUUCCUUUCUGCACCCUAUGCUGAGAGUCUCUUUUCCAUGCUGAACUUCCUUGGUGUCCUCUUACACACUGGCAUUCCAUGCGAAAUGCCCCUUGAUAAGUAUGGACCUUCCUCAUUGAUCCGUCUGCUGUUGUCUGGUAUUAGCUUUGGACUGGCUACCACAGUUCGUAGCAAUGGCAUCUUCAGCGGACUCAUUUACUCUCAUCAUGUCUACAUGUUGUUUCAUUCUCGCAUCAACAUCCGCACAAUUGCAACAAUCACAGUCAUCGGCUUGUCGGCCAUGGCGAUUCUGUCUGGUAUGAUUCUCCCACAGUACAUGGCAUACCAGGAUUUUUGCGUAGCCCCAACAGAUGGCAAUACCAGACCUUGGUGUUCACGGACUUUGCCCAGUGUCUACUCCUGGGUGCAAGAACAUUAUUGGUACGUUCUCAGAUGGCGCUGUGAAACUAUCGUUGACAUUGUCCCAGGNAAUGUGGGCUUCCUCCGCUACUGGACCAUCUCUAACAUUCCCCUGUUCUUGCUAGCAUUACCAAUGCUGUGUAUCUUGAUUGGCACUGGACUUGCUGCUCCUGACAUCAAGAUGGACGUCCCUGGCCGUCGCUCUAAACAUGCAUCGGUUUACAUCUUGUGUCUGGCUUCCUCUCAGAUGUUGCUGGCGCUGCUAGCCCUCACGACCUUCCAUGUUCAGAUAGUCAAUCGAAUUGCUACUGGCUAUCCGAUUUGGUAUGUCGUUAUCGCUGCAGGCAUUGUGUCACCGAAUGCGUUGGAUAAAGAGAACAAGACGACUCAUUCGAGUGAAGCCAAGUCACUCGUUCGAAACGUGCAAGACCACCUGGGCAGACCAUCGACACAACAACUCGUCUUUCGAGGAAUGUUCAUGUAUUCCGUUAUCCAAGGUGGGCUAUACGCUAGCUUCAUGCCUCCAGCA